AUGAAUUUCACGAGCCAGUUCCUUGGCACAACAGAAUAUGAUCAUGGGUAUGAUGAGAACACUGCUCCAUGUGAUGAAGGAAACAGCUUUCGCACGUUCAGAUCUCUCUUUCUGCCAAUCCUUUACUGCCUUGUGUUUGUCUUCUCCCUUCUGGGAAACUCCUUGGUUCUUUGGAUUCUCCUGACCAGGAAAAGGCUGACGACGAUGACUGACAUCUGUCUGUUGAACCUCGCAGCCUCCGAUCUCCUCUUUGUGGUGCCUCUCCCUUUCCAAGCUCACUACAUUUCAGACCAGUGGAUUUUCGGUAACGCAAUGUGCAAGAUAAUGGCUGGCAUUUAUUACAUAGGUUUUUAUAGUAGUAUUUUCUUUAUAACCCUCAUGAGCAUAGACAGGUAUAUAGCAAUUGUCCAUGCUGUCUAUGCCAUGAGGAUACGGACAGCCUCUUGUGGCAUAAUUAUCAGUUUAAUCCUGUAGCUGGUGGCUGGUUUGGCUUCUGUGCCCAACAUUAUGUUCAACCAGCAGCUCAAAAUUGAGCAGUCUGUGCAGUGUGUCUCCACAUACCCUCAAGGCGACAAUACCCGGAAGGUUGCUUCUCAGUUUGCAGUGAAUAUCUUAGGCCUCCUGAUUCCCCUUAGCAUCCUCAUUUGCUGCUAUGUCCAGAUACUGCAAAACCUGCAAAAAUGCAAAAAUCUGAGCAAGAUCAAGGCAAUCAAGAUGAUUUUCAUCAUCGUCAUUGUUUUCUUCCCCUUCUGGACUCCCUUCAACAUUGCGCUGCUCCUAGACUCCCUGCAGAGCCUGCACAUCAUCAAUAACUGCAAGGCGAGCUACCACAUAGCCCUGGCCCUGCAGCUGACAGAAGCCAUCUCCUUCAUCCACUGCUGCCUGAACCCCCUGAUCUACGCCUUUGCCUGA